AUGGUUAUUGGUUAGUAUUUAUCUAAGCUCUGUGGUGAAACAUCUGUGAUGAUAAUAUUAAAAUAAAAAUAUAGGACGAUAAAUUUUCUUCGGCUUCACGAGUUUUCUGGCAGCUACAUUUUAAAGGCUAUAAUUUCAUUCGUAGUUGUAUCUAUUUGAAUAUAAGGAUGUCUGAAGCCUCAAAAAAAAUUAAAAAGGGAUGCGCUUCUAUUGAAGGUUCCAUUAGUGGAUCCGAUUUGGAUGCUGCUACGCAGAAAAACUUGGAAGCUAUUGAUAUUUGUCAAACUGAAAUAGACAAACUCAGUAUUAAAGCUAGUGAAGGAAUACUCAAAAUUGAACAAAAAUUCAAUUUACUCAAAAAACCUCACUUCGAAAGGCGGAGCGAAAUUAUCAGGAAUGUGCCUAACUUCUGGUUUACAGCUAUCAUGAACCAUCCCGAUCUUAGCUCAAUUGUGGAUGAAAAGGAAGAAGAAUGUCUUCAGUUUUUAAAUAGGAUAGAAGUUGUUGAUUUUGAGGAUAUCAAGUGUGGAUAUGAAAUCCAAUUUCACUUUGAAGAAAAUCCAUUUUUUGAAAAUUCAACAAUAAAAAAAGAAUUUCAUCUAGGCUCAGGUCCUGCGAGUUCUCUUAGCACUCAAAUUAAAUGGAAGGAUGAUAUAACAAAAAAUAUUGAUUUUAAUUCUGGCAAAAGUGGACGUAAGCGUCAUUUGGAAUCUAAAUCAUUCUUUAGUUGGUUUUUCGAUAAUGUAGACCCUGUUAGUGAUGAUAUAGCAGAAAUCUUCAAGGAUGAUUUAUGGGUGAAUCCUCUACAAUAUUAUUUAGUUCCAGACAUGGAUGAUGCAAAUGGUGCAGAAAAUGAUGAAGAUUCUGAAAGUAGUAGUGUAGAAGAAAUACAAGAAGAGUAUAAUUGAGUUUACCAUCUUGUUCUAGAAAAUUCAGCAAUUCUUAUUAAAUUUCUAUGUUUUUGAUGAAUAUUUUAUUUUAACAUAUUUAGAGAGCAACACUGUGGAAUCCCAUUAUUGAAAGAAGGCUUUGUGGGGAAAUUAUUUGUUCAAUUAUUAUUUUCAAUUUUUUAAAAAUAAUUUCUUAAUAACAUAUGGGAUUUGACAGCCUAUAAUAAGCUAUGCUCUUGUUAUGAAUGGUUUAUGUAUAUUAUUGGUUAUAGAAUCUAUACUGGUAUGGUGUUUAUUUUGAAUUUAAUUUUAUAUAUUGAACACUCUGACUACCAUAUUGGUAGAAUUUGUAAGAAAUCAAUAAAACCUUUUCCACUA